AAACAAAAACAUUACCAAUCAUUGGUUGCGUCCACCUCGGACUCGGGUCUCUAGCGCCAGAUCUGGAACCUGGGAGCACACGUUUCCGGGGCAGGGGUGGCGCUGUCCCGCCGAGCGUCAGCCUUGAACACUCACGCUUACACGCAGGCUCUCGCGGGCGGGCAGCGUCCUCCCCGCUGGGAUGGGCGUGGGGCCCAGAGCUCCGCACACCGUCCCCACCGGGCUCGCACGAAGCCACCCGCGGUCACCCGGGCUCGCGGCGAGUGAGCCGCGCUGUCGUCAUUCAUUCGCAGUGUCCGGAGCGUCCUUCCAGCUCGCUGCCCCGACGCGCGGUGUCCACGAACGGUGAACUCGGGCUCGGCGGCAGCUGGAGACCGGCAGCCUGGGAGCUCGGGUCCCCGCACCAGCUCGCCCUUGAACGCCGCCGCACCCCGAGACCGAGCCCAGCCGCUCGCUCGCGCCGCGGUGGGCCGGGCCGGCUUCGAGGCUGCGCGCCCGGCGAGUGCGACGCCGCGGGGAGGAUGCUGCUUGCUCGGUCCCGAUCCCCGUCGUUGUUCCCGGCCGCCCGCUGGGUCUUUGUCGCGGGCCAGGCGCCGCGGGCCGCCGCCUGCUGAAGGCCAUCGCGGCCGCCGCACCCACGGCCGGGCGGGCGCGCGUGUGCCCGGGAGUGCGCGCCGGUGUGCGGGCCCCUUUGUGCGACUGCCCGCGGCCACCGGGACCAUGUGGGUGAAUCCGGAGGAGGUACUGCUGGCCAACGCGCUGUGGAUCACCGAGCGGGCCAACCCCUACUUCAUCCUGCAACGGAGGAAGGGCCACGGGGGCGACGGGGGCGGCGGCGGUGGAUUGGCAGGCCUCCUGGUGGGUACCCUGGAUGUAGUAUUGGACUCCAGCGCCCGCGUCGCACCUUACCGAAUCCUGUACCAGACUCCAGACUCCCUAGUCUAUUGGACCAUCGCCUGUGGCGGCUCCAGGAAGGAGGUUACUGAGCACUGGGAAUGGCUGGAGCAGAAUCUAUUGCAGACACUCUCCAUCUUCGAGAAUGAGAAUGACAUCACCACGUUCGUAAGGGGAAAAAUACAGGGCAUCAUUGCAGAAUAUAACAAAAUCAAUGAUGUGAAAGAAGAUGACGACACAGAGAAGUUCAAAGAGGCCAUCGUGAAGUUCCACAGGCUGUUUGGGAUGCCCGAAGAGGAGAAACUUGUCAACUAUUACUCUUGCAGCUACUGGAAGGGGAAGGUGCCCCGGCAGGGCUGGAUGUACCUCAGCAUUAACCACCUGUGCUUUUCCUCCUUCCUGAUGGGCAGGGAAGCCAAGCUGGUGAUCCGGUGGGUGGACAUCACUCAACUUGAGAAGAACGCCACGCUGCUUUUGCCAGAUGUGAUCAAAGUGAGCACACGAUCCAGCGAGCAUUUCUUCUCCGUGUUCCUCAACAUCAACGAGACGUUCAAGCUGAUGGAGCAGCUUGCCAACAUAGCCAUGAGGCAGCUCUUGGACAAUGAAGGAUUUGAACAAGACCGGUCCCUGCCGAAACUCAAGAAGAAAUCUCCCAAAAAAGUGUCUGCUCUGAAACGGGAUCUGGAUGCCAGGGCGAAGAGUGAGCGGUACCGUGCCCUCUUCCGGCUGCCCAAAGAUGAAAAGCUCGAUGGUCACACUGACUGCACCCUGUGGACUCCAUUUAACAAAAUGCACAUCUUGGGCCAGAUGUUUGUCUCCACAAAUUACAUCUGCUUUACCAGCAAGGAGGAAAACCUCUGCAGCCUCAUAAUUCCACUCCGAGAAGUGACCAUCGUGGAAAAGGCUGACAGCUGCAGUGUGCUCCCCAGUCCCCUCUCCAUCAGCACCAGGAACAGAAUGACCUUCCUGUUUGCCAACUUGAAAGACAGAGACUUCCUGGUGCAGAGGAUCUCAGAUUUCCUGCAGCAAACGACUUCUCGAAUCUACUCAGACAGAGAGUUCUCAGGAAGCUGCAACAGUUCUGAUGAUGAGGUGUACUCCCGGCCCAGCAGCCUCGUUUCCUGCAGUCCCCAGAGAAGCACUAGCUCCGACCCUGAUGGAGAGCGCGCCUUUAACCUCAAUGGCAACAGCGUCCCCACAGCCACACAGACCCUCAUGACCAUGUACCGGCGGCGAUCUCCAGAAGAAUUCAACCCGAAAUUGGCCAAAGAAUUUUUGAAAGAGCAAGCCUGGAAGAUUCACUUUGCUGAGUAUGGGCAGGGGAUCUGCAUGUACCGCACAGAGAAGACUCGGGAGCUGGUGCUGAAGGGGAUCCCAGAGAGCAUGCGUGGAGAGCUCUGGCUGCUGCUUUCAGGGGCCAUCAACGAAAAGGCCACACACCCCGGGUACUAUGAGGACCUAGUGGAGAAGUCUAUGGGGAAGUACAAUCUUGCCACCGAGGAGAUUGAGAGAGACUUACACCGCUCCCUUCCAGAACACCCCGCUUUCCAGAACGAAAUGGGCAUCGCCGCUCUGAGAAGAGUCUUAACGGCUUACGCUUUUCGCAAUCCCAACAUAGGGUAUUGCCAGGCCAUGAACAUUGUCACCUCCGUACUGCUUCUCUAUGCCAAAGAGGAGGAGGCGUUCUGGUUGCUCGUAGCCUUGUGUGAGCGGAUGCUUCCCGAUUACUACAACACCAGAGUCGUAGGUGCCCUGGUGGACCAGGGAGUCUUCGAGGAGCUGGCACGAGACUACGUCCCACAGCUGUACGACUGCAUGCAGGACCUGGGUGUGAUUUCUACCAUCUCCCUGUCGUGGUUCCUCACACUCUUCCUCAGCGUGAUGCCGUUUGAGAGCGCAGUGGUGGUCGUGGACUGUUUCUUCUAUGAAGGAAUCAAAGUGAUAUUCCAGUUGGCCCUCGCUGUUCUGGAUGCCAACGUGGAUAAACUGUUAAACUGCAAGGACGAUGGAGAGGCCAUGACUGUUUUGGGAAGGUACUUAGACAGUGUGACCAACAAAGACAGCACGUUGCCUCCCAUCCCUCAUCUCCACUCCCUGCUCAGUGACGACGUGGGGCCCUACCCUGCAGUGGACAUCUUCAGACUCAUAGGAACAUCCUACGAGAAAUUUGGAACUAUCCGGGCGGAUUUGAUUGAGCAGAUGAGAUUCAAACAGAGGCUGAAAGUGAUCCAGACCCUGGAGGACACCACCAAACGCAAUGUGGUACGGACCAUUGUGACAGAGACCUCCUUUACCAUCGACGAGCUGGAAGAACUGUAUGCUCUCUUCAAGGCUGAGCAUCUAACCAGCUGCUACUGGGGCGGGAGCAGCAAUGCCCUGGACCGGCACGACCCCAGCCUGCCUUACCUGGAGCAGUAUCGCAUUGACUUUGAGCAGUUCAAGGGCAUGUUUGUGCUUCUCUUUCCCUGGGCGUGUGGCACUCACUCUGAUGUGCUGGCCUCCCGCUUGUUCCAGCUGUUAGAUGAGAAUGGGGACUCCCUAAUUAACUUCCGAGAGUUCGUCUCUGGACUGAGUGCGGCAUGCCAUGGGGACCUCACAGAGAAACUCAAACUCCUGUACAAAAUGCAUGUCUUGCCAGAGCCGUCCUCCGAUCAAGAUGAGCCCGACUCUGCCUUUGAAGCCACCCAGUACUUCUUUGAAGAUAUCACCCCAGAAUGCACACACGUCGUUGGGCUGGACAGCAGAAGCAAGCCGAGCGCAGAGGACGGUUUCGUCACAGUGAGUCUGAAGCAGGACAAAGGGAAGAGGGCAAAUUCCCAAGAAAACCGUAAUUAUCUGAAACUAUGGACUGCAGAAAAUAAGUCUAAAUCAAAAAAUGCAAAGGAUUUGCCCAAGUUGAAUCAGGGGCAGUUUAUCGAGCUCUGUAAGACCAUGUACAACAUGUUCAGCGAAGACCCCAAUGAGCAGGAGCUGUACCAUGCCACAGCUGCGGUGACCAGCCUCCUGUUGGAGAUUGGAGAGGUGGGCAAGUUCUUCAUUACUCAGCCUGCCAAGGAGGAUGGUGUUUCCGGGCCACCCUGCAGCCAGGCCAUCCCAGGCAUGCUCUUCCCCAAGAAGGGGCCCAGCCAGCCCUACACCAUGGAAUCCGCAGAACCACUCCCAGCCAGCCUGGCAGUUGACAGUGAGGAGCACUCACUGGGAGGGCAGAUGGAGGAUAUUAAACUGGAGGACUCCUCACCCAGGGACAAUGGGGCCUGCUCCUCCAUGCUAAUCUCCGAUGAUGAUACCAAGGAUGACAGCUCCAUGUCAUCCUACUCGGUGCUGAGUGCCGGCUCCCACGAGGAGGACAAAUUGCACUGUGAGGACAUUGGGGAGGACACAGUCCUGGUGCGGAGCAGCCAGGGUACAGCCACCCUGCCCCGGAGCAGCAGCCUGGACCGGGACUGGGCCAUUACCUUUGAGCAGUUCCUAGCCUCACUCCUGACGGAGCCUGCUCUGGUGAAGUACUUUGACAAGCCAGUGUGCAUGAUGGCCAGGGUCACCAGUGCGAAGAACAUCCGGAUGCUGGGCAAGCCCCUCACCUCAGCCAGUGACUAUGAAAUCUCUGCCCUGUCCGGCUGACAUGAGACCAAGGACAAAGGAGUUUUUUAUGUUCUUCUGUGUCGGGGGGUUUCUUUUCUUUUAAAUUAAAUAUUUAUUAGUACCUGGCUUGAAGCCUGGUGUUUUCAUAAUGUAAUACAAUGAAAACUGGUGAGAAAUAGACACCCCAAAGUAAGGCACUAGCAGUCUGCCUGUGGGUGUGGCAACCAGAAUCUACUUUAUUCAGUGACCCCCUCAAAAAAACCAAACUGUCAGUGAUAUGUGUAUUAUAACUUAGUGCUCUUGCUGUCCAGCUGUAUCCAUGGUGUAAAAACAGUGCUGUGUGAUGCUAAUAAGACAGCCGUGCUCUGUGCAUUCAGGCCCCAAAAUAAAAUUCGAUCUGGGAGGAAAAUGGAGUGUUGUAAACACAAGGAAAGGGCGUUGUCAGCUGGGGUAAAUCUUGAACUACUUUAGUAAGUCUUAAAAAUAUUUUUUAAGAUUUGAAAUAUAUUUCAUAAAAACCCUCUAUCUAAAAAUCAUAUUCUACACUGGUCCCCCUUCAAAGGGGACACAUUUGGGUUCCAAGCAGUUAUGAAAAUAUAAGCGAUUUUUACAUGAUGCUAGAAUGAUCUAUUUGACCAGUUUGGACAGCAACAACUUGCUCUGAUUAUUUAUAUCAGCUGGCCAGAAAAACCCACCCAUCUGAGAAUGUGAAAGCAACGAGGACCCAGGAUGCAGGAUCAGCUUCUUGUUUCCAUUUUGGUUUUGAAGGACUAGAAGUCUUAAUGCUUCUCAUCCUGGGUUUCUAGAUUCUUGUUACUCAUUGAAAAUACAGCAAAAAAAAAAUGUAAUAAAAAAAUAAACCAAUGAUCUUUACCAUUUCCAUACUUUCUGUAGAGUCAAGAGACUGUAUCAUGUAUCACACAUGACCAGCUUCCCAUUAUGUCGGUGUAGAUGUUAUGUAAGCAGCAAAGAGAGUCUGCAAGGUAACGUAACUAGAUGUUUAAAACAGAACUUGUCACUUUAUGUAACAGAAGAGAAUGUCCUGUCUCCUGAAGGGAUGUGGAAAUCCAGGCCGGCACACCUGCACUUUGAAUUCCUGCUCCUGUUGAGUUACCGUAAUGCCUUUGUUCCCUACAGACCCUGGGACCCUCCCCUCCUGGCCUCAUAGUCGUGGUCACAUGUCCUUUGCUCAUUCUGACUUCCUUUUCCACACACUCCCUUCUUUAAUUUCGCACCACGUCCUUCAUUUAGCUGUUGCAGCUGUGAUUUUUUUUAUCUUGUUUACAGAAUGAUUUUAAAUUGUCAAAUGAAGUAGUAUGAGCCUCAGCUAGGAUAAAUGUGAACAAAUAAAACACUUCGGAUGCGGCA